AUGGAGGCACUAAUAUCUCAACACAUACGGCAACACACCAUAGUUCCAGGAAUCAUAAUCAAGUUUGUUAUCGCUGAAGGAAAAGGAGACUUGAUUCCUUCAGGCUCUACAGUGGAAUUGCACUUAGAAACCUAUCAAUCCGAUAGCACUUUAGUCUCAUCGGAAACGAUCUUUCACACAAUCAUAGAUCACUCCCUCAAAUCAAACAGAAGCUCAGUAGACCUUGCAUUGCUCACAAUGAGGCAAGAUGAAGAAGCUUGGGUAAAGGUUUCAGCUAACAAAACUGUUGUAAACUCAAAAAUUUGGGAAGAUACAUGAUAUUCUAUGCAAUGCUAAAUGCUAAUGAGAAGAUAUUAAUCAUUAAAAAAACUUAUUCAUUUUUACUGAAUCUUGCAAGUUUGCUGACCAAAACAAUUUAAUGAAAAUUUAUAUAUAAAAUGAUCCCGCUCAAAUAUGAGCCGGGCUCAGACUUAGUUUUUCCAGCUCAAAUCCCUUUUCUACGUGAAGAUAUCAUUUCCCACAGAGAAGGCCAAGUAGCAAAAAGAGUUCUUUGUGAAGGAUCAAGCGACCUAUCUACUCCAGAAUCUCUAAUUACCUUCAAUUUUGAAUUUCGCCUCACUAAUGGCUUCCUCUUGCAGCCUUCAUCCUCUAGAACUAUCUGCUUAACCAGAAAUCUUAAUCCAAGCUUUCACAGAGGUAUGCAGAUGGUUCUAAAGACCAUGAGAAUCAAUGAAAAAGCAUGGGUUUUAAUAUAGAAAUUGCCCGAGGAUGGCGCUAUUUUGCGCCAUCCUCGGGCAAUUCAAAAAAAGGCCCCACACGGGAAUUGAACCCACGUGUGGGGCCAUUUUUGGUAUGUGGAGAAUAUUGACUUCCACGUACCAAAAAUAGCCCCACACGUGGGCUCAAUUCCCGUCUGGGGCCAUUUUUUUGAAUUGCCCAAGGUUGUCGCAAAAUAGCGCCAUCCUCGGGCAAUUUCUAUACCUGAACAUCUCCAUUAUAUAGAAAAUGCAAAAAAUUGUCAAGUCUGGGCCUAUGUUGAAGUAAACGGCAUAGAGAUGAAUGAGAAUAUCAUUUAUCCACAAAAUGAAUCGUUUUUACGACAAGAAAACCUAGGCGAUGGGGUUGUGAAAAAAGUAAUAAAAGAAGGCAAUGGAGAAAAAGUUCCAAGAGGAGCCAAAAUAUGGAUCAAGCUAGAAGGAAGAACAGAAGACGGCUUUGAGUUUCAGAAGCCUAAUACCCUUGUAAUUGGGAAUGAAAAAAUGUAUAGUGAAGCGUGGAUUCUCGCAUUCGAAAGUAUGAGAAAAGGGGAAAUCGCGUGGGUUAGAGCAGAAAAAGAUAGACACAUAAUAGGGGACUAUAUAGAUGAUACUCUUUGGUUUAAGUUUGAAAUGCAGGAUUAUUUACUCCCCUAUUUAGUGAGCAAAAACAAUAUGCUUGUUCAUGAAGUUGGCUAAAAAAUUUAUAGUAAAAUAUUUUUUCUCGAAAUUGAAAAAAAUACAUAUUCGAAAUAAUUUUUUAGUAAAUGUUAAUUUAAUUGUAAAAUUUAUGUUCUAUAAUGCAAGCUGUUUAAAAUUAACAGAAUUAGCUAGAGAUUUCAUUAUAAUAAUUAUAAUUUAUUUAAAUAUAAUCUAUAAAAAAAAAUAAUUUUGUUCACUUACAGUGGGUGGGUUUUUACCCAAAAAAAGGGAUUCUUCCGAUAUUUUUGUGAAGGGAAGUUACUAGCUAAAAACAUUGACCCUAAAAGCCCAUUUGUUGACAAAAUUGAAUUUGCAAAAAUCUUGCUAGAUGACGGAAAUCGGCUUUACUCAUCAAAAAUUUACAGUGAAAGCAAAACUCUUUAUAAUAGAGCUUAUCAUCUUCUGACUGUAAAAAAAGCAAUUUUUGAUGAAAUCCCUACAGAAGUAAAAGAAAAAUACUUUCCAGUCCGUAUAAGAGCUGCACUUAACAUCGCACAAAUUUCUAUUGUAAGUGCCGAAACUAUGCCAAAUGAGCCUGCAAGGCUGAAAUAUCUUGAUCUCGCCUGAGAUAGAUGUGAAGAAGUUAUAAAAUAUGACCCAAACAAUCUAAAAGCUCACUAUAGAAAAGCCACCAUCCUCCAAAUGAAAAAUGACCUCCCCAGCGCUUACGAAAUCUCCAAAUUUUUACUCAAAAAAUAUCCAGAAAAUGCAGACGUUCUAAAGCUCCACAGUAAUUUAGAACGAAAGCUAGAGCCUUUAAAAGCCAAAGAAAAAUUCAUGUGCAAACACAUUUUUGAAAAAUGGGAAACCGAAAAAGAAGCUGAAAAGCUAAAACAAGAGGAAAAUACAAGAAUAAAAAUAAAAAAGCAUAAAAAAGAAUGGAGUCAAGAGGAUAGAAGAAUUAUUGAUGAAAUAAAAAAUCAGAUAGAAAACGGAGAAGCUGUAGGCACAAUUGACAUGUCAGGAGACAAUUGCAUGCUACUGGAAGGAAGCGACUCUGAAGGUGAGGAAAGCUAUGAGUCUGAUAAUUAA